GCAAAGACAUCUCGCAAACAGCUUUUACGCCCACUGCUUAGCUACGAGCACCUGACGGCAAAGAAGAGCAUUUCUAGGGCUGUUCGCAACCUCUCUCGAUUUCCACCGCAUGCGCAUGAAAGCUGCGGCAAGCACCACCACUGUCACGAACUAGCAGCUCCUAGCGCGAAUCCCUCCCGGGCACCGCGAGGAAAAGUUUCCGUCAAGCGAAAGAAUUGCGCUAGCAGCAGAAUCGAGUUCUGCGCGCGAAGAGUGCUUGUUGCGGUCAAGAGCUACUAUGGCCACAUCACGGUCAAGCGCAAGUGCACCGGGGCUUGACUUCGAGCCGAGCCGACCGAUGCAGGACGCCUGGCGCCACACGCCCCGCAGCCAAGGCCACGGCUCUGAUGAGAGCGAGCCCUCCGCCGCCGCCCACCAGCAGGAGCAGCAGGAGCCUGCCCCCAGCGCCUGCUGCUUUCCUCACAAGUCCUGCAUGCGCUGGUGCUAUGCCAGCCUAUCUGCUGGCUGCAGGAGCGCCCCCUGCCAGCUUUGCCAUGCCUACGACAACCACUGGCGCCCGCAGAAGCCGCCCGGCCUGCCCAAGGUGCCCAAGCUCGCGGCUCCGACCAAGCCCGCCGCCGCUGCAAGCCCCAUCUCCACCUCCACCGUCGACCGCAGCUCGACCACGCCGCGAUGGGGCGAUGAUGAUGAGGAUGAGGCUGACGGACUCGACCUGAGCGACCUCUUUGAGCAGACGCCCUGGGUGAAGCAGGGACUGGCGGAGCUCGCGGCGGCCGAGCAGCAGCAGGCGGAAGCCGCACCGGCCGCGCCCGCGGCAGCGUCAGAGUCUGACGGCAGCAGCAGCAGCAUUGCUCCUCGCGCCAGCAUUAGCAGCAGCGGUGGCGCGAGCGGUAGCUGGGCGGAUGAGGUUGAGGCGCACGAGGAGGCGGAGGAGGAGCUCGACCUCGGGUCGCUCGCAGACUGGAUGAAGGAGGGCCUGGCGGAGCAGGCGGCGGCGGCAGCUGUCAGCGGCACCGGCGGCACCCCCAGCGGCCGCCGCUGGGCGGAUGACGUUGAGGAGGAGGAGGAGGAGCUCGACCUCGGGUCGCUCGCACACUGGAUGAAGGAGGGCCUGGCGGAGCAGGCGGCGGCGGCGUGGGCCGAGCAGGAAAGGGAGCUGGAGGAGUUUGCCGCGUUGGAGCGCGCGUGCGGCUGCUUCCCGCCACCGGCAGCGGUGGCGGCCUGGUAGCGGCAAGGCCCGCUCCGUUCCGUUUGGCUUCCGUGUUACGCCGUCAGCUGCAUGAGCCUGCAGCCAGCGGCUUGCUGCCUUCGCCAUUUGAAGAUGCAGCAGUAGCAGUAGCAGCCGCAGCCGCCGCAGCUUUGGUGCUGGUGGCCGGGCGCAAGAGGGGCUCCUCACACGUACGUGUGUGGAUGGUACAGUAUCGAAGCGAGCCAGCAGCAGGGCAUGAGGAGUGUGUUGAAUGGCAGGCGGCAAAGCCUGCAGCGUAUGCGUGCAAGUAUAGACAGCUAGGCAAAUCGCCGCUACUAGCUACUGAUCGGGCCCACUCUCAAGUGAACCAGCAGGGCUGUGCCGCCGCACAUUUCUCAUUGUCAGCACGACAGCAGGGCGUGCCAUUCGACGUUUACCGCAGGAGACAGGACUGAUUCGCGCGAGUGUUGCCGUGCUGUACUGCUAGUACGCCGUAUGUAAGCGAGCGGGAGUGUCAAUCGCCGUACUUGAUGCUGGAUUGCUUGCACAAGCAAGCACUCAGUGCGAUAUUUAUUGAGACAUCACCAACUAAACCCUGCUGGUGUGUUUUAAGAUGUAUACGUAUGUGUGACUGUAUGGGACCGGGGAACCGGCAGCCUCCCUUAGCCAUACGAACGACUGCUAGUGUUGUGCUGCCGCGCGUGCGUUUCUUUGCUGAGCGAGAGGGUGGCAGGUGGCGAGGGGCGCUGUGCCAAUGGACGCAGGGCUGCCUGGGGCUACAGGUGAGUCAUGGGACGUAGGAGAUGGAGUGGAGGCGACGUCGGAAAAGACCUGACGCACGGGAGUGACAGAAGGAGUGCGGAGAGGGAGCCCGCAGAUUAAUGUCUGUGCGCGUACCGCGGUGAGACACAAAGAAGUAUCGAGGUUACCGUAUCUUGGCUCGCUGCAGGAGCGGGCACUAUGUUUUCUGUUUACGAGACUCGAGUGGGCUGUCAGUGACACGACGUGUACGUUCCGUGGGUGCAAGUUCCUCCGACCCUUCCGGCAUUCCAGAUGCCAGGAAGCGGCAUCGGUGUGCUUGACUUGAGACUGGCAUUGAUUCUUACAUACUAGAGCCCUUGGCUCUUUAGUAAGUGCGCGAGGACCCUUGAGGAGGCCGGAUCCUAUAUCCACAUCAGGUCCAUUGAUUCUUUCCAUCCAUGCAUGGGUGCAGUGAACCUAUUUGUUGCCCUAUCAUCAUCCGACCUUCGACAGGCGGAUGUGCACUUCUAAUGCUGAGGUGGGUGUGACUCGAUUUGUGGUUGGCGGUUCGUUGGGGCUAGAGAAGCGUGCGACCGUGCGCGGAGAUGCUUGCCCUGCAAGGACGGGCGGCUGUCACUUGCGAAUGUGGCGUGUGUAGAUUUCGCGCACUCGCUUUAUUGGAGAUUGGGGUGCGUGUGCGCAUUCGGUAUGUGAUGAUGUGUCACCGGGUUGAAGUGACGGUAUGUGACAGACCUGGACAGACAGCGGGCACUACGUGUGGGUCGCUGGAUGCAUGGUUGGUCCACUUCGAGGACUGAAGGCCCCCGCCCUGCCGAAGCUAGCUGACUCCACUACUGCUAGCAUUGAUGCUGCGUGAUGAGCCCCUGGGGGCCCAGGGCGAAGGGCCUGUAUGGGCAUGUAAUAAGGCGUGUCC